AUGAAGCGCAUGUCGCCCGCCGACGAGGCCGCGCCCAAGCGCCGCCGCCAGACGUCGCCGUUGCGCGAGCGCGGCAGCCCGGAGCCGCUGCGAGAGAAGUCGACGGAGCGCGUGUCGUACUGGCUCAAGAGCCUGCCCGAGAGCCCGCGGUCGCUGGCCUCGCCCGACGCCGCCGUCGAAGCCCCCGCCGACCCAGCCGCCUCGGCCCGCUCCCAGGACGACGCCUCGCGCUCCCUUCACCCCUCCGACUCGCUGCCCGACCCCUACCCCGCCGACCUGGGCUCCCAGGAAUACCGCAUCCAGGUCCUGCGCCGCCUGAACAUCGCCGUUGACGAGGAUGUCCCGGACGACGCCCGCCAGCGCCUGCUGCCGCCAGCCGACCCGACGCGCCUGGACGUGGACCGCAUCGCCGCCGCCGCCUGCGAGCUGCACGACGGCGCCAGGGCGCUUCUGGACCGGCCCACGGCGAGUGGCGAUGAGUGGACGGCCCUGCUGAGCCAGGCGUUGCACGCCCUGAUGCGCGACGUGCCCGGCCGCCUCUGCUGCGUGCCCAAGAGAAGUUGGCAGACUGCCGUCAAGCCCGUCACCCACAUCCACCACAUCGGUCCCCCGAGCCCCCAGAAGCGCCGCAGCGUGCCAACCCUCACACACGAGCCGCCUCGCAUCCAGAGCUAUCCCACGCCCGACCACACAAACUCGCCUGCUCAGAGCCACCCUCCCCCCGCUCUGGCCGCACACCGUACCGAUCCCGCCCCCGCCCCCGCCCCCGUCCUGCGCCUCGAGCCCGCUCCACCGCGCCUGCAGCCAAAGACACCCCGCCCCGAUCUCUCCAUAGGCCUCAGCGACAGCGACGCGGCGUGGAAGGAGGACGAGCAGGCGUGGACCCGCCCAGGCUUGCGGGGCCGCGACGUGAGGGAGAUACUGGCCGACCUGCAGCACGGCGCCGCCCACCAGGACUCAGUGACUCUGAUCACAGACCCGUGCACCGCCUCUCCCAGCGGUCUGCGCUUCCCCUUCCUCACCGUCGAAGCCAAGGCCGCCAGCAGCGCCAGCAUCACCGACGCCGAGAACCUGGCCGCCGUGUCUGCCGCCUGCGCCCUGCGCAUUCUCGCCGAGCUGUCGAAACCGCCGUCGGAGCCAGCCCCGUCUGCCGCCCACAGCGCGCUGCAGCUGCGCACCUUUUCGCUGACCUGCGAAGGCCCGGCGCACGUGCUGUGGGCACACGUGCCGGCGGCCAAGGGCUCGCACAUGAUCUGGCUCGGCGCCUACCGCAUCACCCACCGUGCUUCUGCCCUGGACCUGGUCCGCAACCUUGCCCUGAUUCUGCAUUGGGGGGCUGGAGACUUUGCCGACUGGGUGAAACGCCAGUGCGUACAGUUUAUCGACCGAAUAUUGAAUGCUUGA